AUGCCCUCUCCGGUUUCUGCUGCUCCCAUCGCUGGCUGGGCCAGCCUACUCUCACUAGCUAUGGCCGCCAACUCCUCUUCUUCCUCCUUUACCUACCCUCCCACCACCGAGAUCUCCCCAUGCUGCGCCGCCACAACUAUCCCUGGAUGUAACUAUGGUCGGGUGGGCGCUUCUUUGGGCGUCAUUGUUGUUGUUGUCUUCGCCUUCUUUUGUGGCUGCCGACUCACCUGCGAUCAGGCCUGGGAGGCCGGCCACACCGCUGGCAUGGUGGAGGUGCUCUUGAAGCACCAACUGCAGAAACAACAGCCACAACAACAGCAACAGACACAGCAGCUAACACCAGCACCGGCACCGGUACCAGCAGCGGAGCCAGAGACAGAGCCAAAGAUAGCGCCAGCAGCAGCGCCGGUACCAGUACCCGCCUCAGCAUCAGAGCCGGAGGCACUGUUGGUGCAGGUGACACAUGAGCCAGUCCAGAGGGGGUUCGCAUAUGGCCUGGGCAUUUUGAUGAGCAGCAUCGCGCCUAAGGUCGUCCAAGAGUUCGCAAGGGGUGUUUUCGAGAAAGAUUAG